CCGGUGCAGCUCCCAGCACAGCGUGGCGGGCUCCCAGUGCGCCCUUGGGAGCGCACGGCUGAGCCCCGGGGCUGAGCCGUGCCCAUCCCAGCCUCAGCAGCAGCUCGGGGCUGAGCUUUCCCUGGCACCCAUCCUGGUCCCCAGCAGCAUGCCCCGCGGGCGAGCCUGGACGCAGGCGGAGGUCAGCAGCCUCCUGGCGCUGGUGGAGGGCUCGGGAGAGGCCACGCUGCUGAUGGCCUCCACAUCGCGACCCAACGAGGCACUGUGGCGGGAGAUCUCCCAAGGGCUGGCGGUGGCCGGCUACAAGCGCAGCGUGGCCCAGUGCCGCUCCAAGUGGAAGGCGCUCAAGCAGGCUUUCCACUCGGAGCGGGAGACACGACGGAGAGCCGGCUGCCACUCGCCUCGCCUGCCUCCACACUACCGAGCCAUGAAGAGCAUCUGGAAAGCAGCUGGGCGACCCGUCUUUGGCGAGCGGAGAAUGCCAGACCUGGUGAAGCUGCCCCCCAGGAAGCGCAGGUCAACCCUUGCCACCCGCUCUCCAUCCUCACCAGAGCCGCCAGAGCACGACGUUGGCGAAGAUGCCGCAGGUGUGCUGUUGUCCCCGAUACUGCAGUGUGCAAAGGACGAGCCAGAAAGCUCAGCUAGUGGGGACCGUGUCACUGGAGUGCCUCCUGCUCCCCCUGCCAUGCCACACACCAGCCGCUGCUUCUCUCUCCCUCCCCUCCUGGGAACCCACACUGCCCUGAAGCAGGAAAGAGCUGAGCAAAAGCCUGGUUUUCCUGAUGAGGCGUCCCUGGGUAUGGGAAAUGGAAACGAAAUGUUGCCAGUGGCUGCGGCAGCUCAGGGCUCCCCAGGGAUGGCUGCCAUGAGUGAGCAGCAAGCAACAGGAGAAGAGGCAUUGGACACAAGCGUGCAUGGUUCCAGUGUGUCAGGCUUGCUACAGAGCGUCCAGCAGCUGCUGGUGCAGAUCCUGCAGACAUCACGGCAGCAGCAGGCGCUGCUGGAAAGCCUGGCCAGUGACACCGUCUCCCACCUCAACCUCCUCUCCCACAGCCUGGUGCAAGUGGGUGAGACCCUGCACCAGCUCCUGCUCCGGCCACAGGCCUACCCUGUUCCCCUCAGCCAUUACAUUCCCCACGUGCCACUUUUUGAGGGUGAUUCUGGAGUGUCCUGCUCCCCUGGCACUCCCCACAUCUCCCUGGAUCACAAAGAGGAUCCUCAGAUGUCCCCCACCACUGGCUGCACCCUGCCAUGAGUGCCACCAUCCCCAGCCCUAGGGAAGGCGUCUUUGCCAUGCAACCGUGCACAGAUCUUUUUAGAAGAGGUCAAAGAUAUUUUGGAAGUUUAUAGAAGAGACUCAUUUUAAUAAAAUUAAAAAUAGCUUUUGUACCACUGACAACAA